AUGCCACCUUCACGCUUCGAGCCCAAUUCCAUCAAAAACAAGAUAAAACGAGAAGAGAUUGCAAGGAAAUCGAAAAAGGCGAAGGGCCAGCAGAAAUUGCAGAAACGGCUAGCACAGGCCAAGCUUGAAGCUAACGAUCCCGCAGCCAAGAAAGUCAGUAAAUCCGCGGUGGACAUCGCCAACGACCCCUUUGCCGACUACUUUACGUCCACUGACGACCCCUCGAUCCCACCCAAAGUCCUCAUUACGACCUCACCCAAAGCGUCCAAGUCGACGUACGACUUUUGUGACGAAAUCGUCGGUGUGUUUCCCGGUGCCGAGUUCAUACGGAGAAAGAAAGGCAAGGGGUUCGAGCUUGGACGGAUAGCGGGAUGGGCCGCUGGAAGGGGGUACAAGCAUAUGUGUGUCGUUAACGAGGAUAUGAAAAAGCCGAAUGCCAUCACAUUGAUACACCUACCAAGUGGCCCGACGGCAUAUUUUAAGCUAACCUCAAUCGAGUUAACGAAACAAAUAUAUGGCCAUGCGCGGGCGACUUCCCAUUUCCCUGAAUUAGUUCUCAAUAACUUUGUAACACGACUGGGCCAUACAGUUGGUCGACUGUUCCAGACGUUGUUCCCUCCCAUGCCGGAAUUUGAAGGUCGACAGUUAAUUUUGCGUUCAGUUAUGCCUUCCGAUCUACGGAGAAGGUAGCACUGCUGUGCAGAGGUUUGGGGAGGCACCGAAAGGAUUAGAGUUUGACAACGGAGUUUCCGGAGACGAACGAGACCAGAACAGUGCUAGUAGUGCUAGUGUUGAGGAGGCCAAAGAUGAACCUGAGAAGGUUGUUCCACCAAAACAAGAUGAGUACCUGUGGGCUUGGAAG